UGAGCGGCGCAGGGAAGUCCGUAACGGCCGCGGUUGGACCUGCUGGAGCUUUCGAGGUUCUGAUCGGUUCCAUUUUUGUUUGGGUUCAAAUUCAGACUCUCGGCGUCGGUCUCUAAACCAGCUUUCGAUAAACAAACGCUGUGUGGAUUUUAAUCGUCUUUAUACGAGCACCGGAAAACGUUCAAUAAAGCGAAAGUUGAGAGUCGAGAUGAGUGUGGAGGCGUACGGGCCGAGCUCCCAGACCCUCACCUUCCUGGACACCGAGGAAGCGGAGUUGCUCGGAGCGGACACCCAGGGCUCCGAGUACGACUUCACCGACUUCACCCUUCCCAGCCAAACGCAAACUCAAGGCCAGACCCAGAGCCAGUUGGACAGCCAGGUAAAUGGUCCUGAUGAGAGUCUUCACAACGGUGGAGUGGAUGACUCGGUGGCCAAAGCCAGCCAGCUGUUGGCCGAGCUCAACUUUGAGGAGGAUGAAGAGGACACGUACUACACCAAAGACCUGCCUCUGCACGCAUGCAGCUACUGUGGUAUCCACGAUCCAGCGUGUGUGGUGUACUGCAAUACCAGCAAGAAGUGGUUCUGCAAUGGACGUGGCAACACAUCUGGCAGCCAUAUUGUGAACCAUUUGGUGAGAGCCAAAUGCAAAGAGGUGACGCUGCAUAAAGAUGGGCCGCUGGGUGAAACUGUACUGGAGUGUUACAACUGUGGCUGCCGCAACGUCUUCCUCCUGGGUUUCAUCCCAGCCAAGGCUGAUUCUGUGGUGGUGCUUCUCUGUAGGCAGCCCUGUGCCAGCCAGAGUAGCCUUAAGGACAUCAACUGGGACAGCUCACAGUGGCAACCAUUGAUCCAGGACCGCUGCUUUCUGUCCUGGCUGGUGAAGAUCCCAUCAGAGCAGGAGCAACUUCGAGCUCGUCAGAUCACCGCCCAGCAGAUCAACAAGCUGGAAGAACUCUGGAAGGACAAUCCCACCGCCACCUUGGAAGACCUGGAGAAACCCGGCGUGGAUGAGGAGCCCCAACAUGUGCUGCUGCGCUACGAGGACGCUUACCAGUACCAAAACAUCUUUGGCCCUCUGGUCAAGCUGGAGGCUGACUAUGACAAGAAACUUAAGGAGUCACAGACCCAAGACAAUAUAACUGUCAGAUGGGACCUGGGGCUGAACAAAAAGCGAAUUGCCUAUUUCACACUGCCCAAGACGGAUUCAGAUAUGCGACUGAUGCAAGGCGAUGAGAUUUGCCUAAGAUACAAGGGAGACUUGGCCCCUCUUUGGAAAGGCAUCGGCCAUGUCAUCAAAGUCCCCGACAACUAUGGGGAUGAAAUUGCCAUUGAGUUGCGGAGCAGUGUUGGAGCACCUGUGGAAAUCCCCCACAACUUCCAGGUGGACUUUGUGUGGAAGUCCACUUCCUUUGACAGGAUGCAGAGUGCCCUGAAGACAUUCGCCGUUGAUGAAACCUCCGUGUCUGGCUACAUUUACCACAAACUGCUGGGUCACGAGGUAGAGGAUGUCACCAUCAAGUGCCAGCUGCCAAAGCGCUUCACUGCCCAGGGUCUGCCCGACCUCAACCACUCACAGGUGUAUGCUGUGAAGACGGUGCUGCAGAGGCCUCUCAGUCUGAUCCAGGGUCCUCCUGGCACUGGAAAAACUGUCACCUCAGCCACAAUUGUAUAUCACCUGUCUCGACAGGGCAAUGGACCAGUACUGGUGUGUGCUCCCAGUAACAUCGCUGUCGACCAGUUGACUGAGAAGAUCGACAAGACUGGACUGAAAGUUGUCAGGCUCUGUGCCAAGAGCAGAGAGGCCAUCGAGUCACCAGUGUCUUUUCUGGCUCUGCACAACCAGAUCAGCAACAUGGACAGUAUGCCAGAGCUUCAGAAACUGCAGCAGCUGAAGGAUGAGACUGGUGAGCUGUCGUCUGCUGAUGAGAAACGCUACAGGGCUUUGAAGCGCACUGCCGAGAGGGAGCUGCUCAUGAAUGCUGAUGUGAUCUGCUGCACAUGUGUUGGGGCUGGAGAUCCUCGUCUGGCCAAGAUGCAGUUCCGUUCCAUUCUGAUUGAUGAGAGCACCCAGGCCACCGAACCCGAGUGCAUGGUGCCUGUGGUGUUGGGAGCCAAGCAGCUCAUUCUGGUGGGUGACCACUGCCAGUUGGGUCCUGUGGUGAUGUGUAAGAAGGCAGCCAAGGCAGGCUUGUCCCAGUCCCUGUUCGAACGCUUGGUGGUUCUGGGAAUUCGACCAAUCCGCCUGCAGGUCCAGUACCGCAUGCACCCGGCUCUCAGUGCCUUCCCCUCCAACAUCUUCUAUGAGGGCUCCCUGCAGAACGGUGUCACUGCAGCUGACCGCAUCAAGAAAGGCUUUGACUUCCAGUGGCCACAGCCAGAUAAGCCCAUGUUCUUCUAUGUGACUCAGGGACAGGAGGAAAUUGCCAGCUCUGGGACUUCGUAUCUUAACAGGACUGAGGCUGCCAAUGUAGAGAAAAUCACCACCAGGUUGCUGAAAGCAGGAGCCAAACCUGAUCAGAUUGGCAUCAUCACCCCGUAUGAGGGUCAGCGCUCCUACCUGGUCCAGUACAUGCAGUUCAGUGGCUCCCUGCACACCAAACUCUAUCAGCAAGUGGAAAUUGCCAGCGUGGACGCCUUCCAGGGUAGAGAGAAGGACUUCAUCAUCCUGUCUUGUGUUCGUGCCAACGAGCACCAGGGCAUUGGCUUCCUGAAUGACCCUCGUCGUCUCAAUGUGGCGCUGACCAGAGCCAAGUAUGGUGUGAUCAUUGUGGGGAACCCCAAGGCCCUCUCCAAGCAGCCUCUGUGGAACAACCUGCUGAAUAACUACAAGGAGCAGAAGGUCCUUGUGGAGGGACCCCUCAACAACCUGAGGGAAAGCCUCAUGCAGUUCAGCAAACCUCGCAAACUGGUUAACACCAUCAACCCAGGGGGACGUUUUAUGAGCACUGCAAUGUACGACGCCCGUGAGGCCCUCAUUCCUGGCUCAGCCUACGACCGCAGCAACACUGCUGGACGACCGUCCAAUAUGUACUUUCAGACACAUGACCAGAUCGGGAUGAUUGGGGCGGGUCCUGGUCAGAUGGCAGCUAUGAAUAUUCCUAUACCCUUCAACCUGGUGAUGCCACCAAUGCCUCCGCCCAGCUACCUAGGUCAGACCAAUGGCCCCGCUGCAGGUCGUGGAGCUAUGAAGGGUAAGCCUGGGCGUGGGGGGCGACAGAGGGUCCGUGGCUCAGGAAACCAGGGUGCCAGUCAGGGUAACGGACCAAACAGCCAGGCUAGCCAGGAUGGGGCCUCCCAGUCCUUUUCCCAGGGGCCCCUGACUCAGGGCUACAUCUCCAUGAGCCAGCCCUCUCAGAUGAGCCAGCCUGGCCUCUCCCAGCCAGAGCUGUCCCAGGACAGCUACUUGGGCGACGAGUUCAAGUCCCAAAUCGAUGUGGCUUUGUCCCAGGACUCGACUUACCAGGGUGAACGUGCAUACCAGCAUGGCGGAGUGACUGGACUGUCACAGUAUUAAAGUGGCGCCUGAAGAAGGGAGCUAGGCUUGAGCUGAGCUUAGUUCAUCAGCUUUUUAAUCUGGGAAAUAUUAAAAACAUAAAAUGGAUACCUGUUUUCCUCUGCUACAACCGAAGCACCACCAAGUGAAAGCGACGGGAUAGCGAAACCAAACCAAUGACCAGCGAGAGAAAUAGAAGGGUAGAAGAAGAGAGCACGAACAGAUGGGCAGGGAGAUGGCAAGAGAGGUCAGGAGAACAAGCGAGAGGCAGGAACCCAUGCCUGUGCAUAGUGAAGGAGGGAAGGUGGCGGCGUGUGGUCGAGCUGCUGAGGGAAACAUAUGAGAGAUCUCAACGGUCUCUCAUGGGAAUCCAAAUGAGGUUCAGCUCCCAACAAAAUAAUCCUCCUACAACCCUUCAGCCCACAGCCUCCAGGAAAGUUUUUCACUUGUCUUCAGAUGAGGAUUGAAGCUUUUCAGCGGAAUUUGAUGAAUUCAUUCUCCAAACCUGGAUGGACAUGGUUGCAGAAAUCUUUCAGACAGGCAGCACAAAAUCCCCAUGCUCAGAUGGUUGAGUCUCAACCUGUAUUAAGUCCCGGACUAUCAAAAAUUAGGUUUGUCAUGGGAGGAGAGUGGUACCAAUAACUUUCUACUGGACCCGAACACCUCAGCAGCCUCUGAAGGCAGCAGCAGUCGACACACCCUCUCAGAGAGGAAAUAAAAACUCUGGUUUCUGUGCUUGAGUCGGAUACCGAAGAGCCUUGAAUUGAAAAACUUUUCAUUUGCCUUGAGAAUCACUGGCUCUCUCACAAGGUCUCUAAUGGGGUGGUUUUGACCACGCGUCAGUGGUGGAGUGGCACAGGGAUUUCAGACUGUUUUUUCAAUGAGGCGCGAAUCCAACUGAUAUCGCGACCGUCAUGGGACAGUUUUUCUUCUCUGAAGUACCUUUCUUAUCACAGAGCACAAAAUUGCAAAAAAGUCAUUGAAACUAUCAAACAUGACCAGCAUUGAAUAUUCAACUCGGUGUCAUUUGAUGUUUCAGCAAAGGCUUUUCCUUAUUUUAAUCUUUGGAAAGCAGGGGUUGUUGACGUCCUGCUGUGCUUCAUGACCAGACGUCUUUUUUAAAAACACUCUGUGUACGCUUAGAGUGACAAAUGCUUGAAUGCUUUGCGCUGAGUGAUUCCUCAGGGGAUUGUGGACUGUCCACACUCAUCACACAAAUCCCUGCUUGAGGUGAAAGAAACUAAACAAGGGGGAAAGGAGGAUGAUAGUAGACGAGGCUUACAGGCGGUCGUGGCAAUCAAUCCACCACAAGUAAGAAGUAGAAAAGGAAGGUGGCUGAGGAAGAGAAGGAAACAAGUUCAGUUCAUUGCCAGGGUCGUAACUCAAACAAGAAAAGUUUGACUUUUGGACUUUUGAGUCCAGAUGAAAACAGAUUAGAUACCAUUGUAACACCAGUGUCUUUUCAAACAAUAUUUUGAUUUUGUGAAUAAUCACAUGAACCAGUACAGCCACACUAAUGACCAAGUCCCCCUAUAAUUUCAAAAUGAGUUUAAAAUGAAAGACCUUUGGUUCCUGUGUGGAUUGAAAUGUUCCGACCCUUUACUAAAUCCCAGUCACUCAGUAGAAACGCCAUCAGUACUGAUUGAACGAUGGCAAGUAGAUGAAAUGAAAAGUGAAUGAGAAACCAGAAUCUGUGCCUAUAACCAAUCACCUUCAGAUAAACAGCUGCAGCACAAGCAUGAAUGUAGUUAAGUCAAACUACCAGCAUUUAAAAACCUUCCAGACACCAGAGGGCUCAAGAAACCCACAGAAAAGGACUUGUUUUAUUUUUUUAUUUGAAUAAAGUUAGGCCAGGUAAUGAUAACAACUGGGUUGUGUAAAGGAUGGGCUCAUGAAAAAAAGCCACCUUCCUUCUCUGGAGUAAAAACAGAGGCUGGUAGAAUUUAUUUUUCCCUCUGUGGAUGUUUGAUUUGUGCAAAGCUGUUUUGCCUGCAUUAUAUAUUCCUUGUAGAGUUCCUCUUGAGAUUUAUGUGGAUUCUAAACCCGCUUCCUGGAGAACUGUGUGAACCAGAACCUUGAGUUGAUUCAGACUUUGCUUUUGUCAAAUGAUUUGCUGCUGUGUGCGUCGUUAGGUUUUUCAGUUGGGUGUUAUUUGGCCAUUUUGUGUAGUUAUACGGAAAUCAUUUUUUUGUAGCAACUUGUUGACCACAGGAAUGAGGCGGACGCUGUUUCCUUUCUUCAUUACACUUUUGUAUCUUCUCCUCAAACUGUCCGAGGGAUUGUAGUUUUGUAACUCUUCCAGGAAAGACACUUUCUGAACACAGUAAGAAUGUACUCCACUGUUGUUUCUCACCUGCUUCUCAUUUCUGCAGACAUGUGACAAUCAUGUUGCGAGUAGACGUGGCCAUGUUUUAUUGACUUAGAAAUUAGUUCUGUUUUGACAUUGUGCGAAUCCGUCAUCUGUGCAAUGAAUUAUUUUAACAUAUCAACCCGUUCCACUGAACUCCUAACAUGUUAUAGCUUUAAAAAAAUACCUGCUGCCGUAAUAUUAUUGCUUUGAUGUUUUUCCAUCUUCUGAGCCACAAUCAAUUGCAACAUGUGCAGUGAUCAUUAAAGAAGUGAUUCAGUUGUUGAAACAUUUGCAUCCAAGCCAUUUCUUCUGUCACAAGGCAAAGAUUUAAACUAAUGGCCCAGAGAUCUCAAUGUGAUGUAAAUACAUAUUUUAAAUGAGUCUUAUUUGCAGUGACGUUUCAUCACAAGAUGGCGAUUCCCUUGUUAAACUGAAUCAAUAAAGGCUGUCAACUUGA